UUUUACAAUAUUUCGCGACGUCCCUCUAAAGAGGCCGCCGCUCCACGGGGCGCCGCCACGCACAGUUUGGGAAUCACUGCUCUAUACACUCUACCUCAAGCUUUUGAUGGCACGUACACACCAGCCUUACUGAACAAGCCCCUAAAGUCUGGAUUCUCAAUUGGCAUGGCAACCUAA